AUGGCUGGCUUCUGGCAGAUGACCCUAGCCUGCUGGAAAUACCUGAUCAUAGUGCUAGUGCCCCUUUUGUUUCUGCCUCUGCCUCUGGCUAUUGAUACCAAGGAGGCCCGAUGUGGUUACGUUAUCAUCGUGAUGGCACUGCUUUGGUGCACAGAAGCCUUGCCGUUGGCUGUCACAGCGCUCUUUCCCGUCCUGCUCUUCCCACUCAUGAAUAUCAUGGAUUCAACAGCAGUCUGCAGGGAGUAUUUGAAGGACACCAAUAUGCUUUUUAUUGGGGGACUGCUGAUGGCCAUAGCUAUUGAGAAGUGGCGCCUACACAAGCGCAUUGCUCUGCGGGUCUUACUAAUCACUGGUGUCAAACCAGCCCUACUUCUCAUGGGUUUCAUGGUUGUGACUGCCUUCCUGUCAAUGUGGAUCAGCAACACAGCCACCACUGCCAUGAUGGUGCCGAUAGCACAGGCAGUGUUGGAUCAGUUGCAUAAGUCAGAAAUGGAGUCUAAAACAGCUGGCCAAGAGUCUGAGAACAUCAAUAAAGCCUUUGAACUGCAAGAAGAGCCAACUAAACCAAAUAAAGAAGAGCCAACUAAACCAAAUAACUCCACAGAAACAGAGCAAAAAGGCGAUAGCAACAUUCUGACGAUUGAGGAAGACACACAGAGAAAUGAAAAUCUUCAAGACGAGAAGCACAAGAAACUCUCCAAGGGAUUGUCUCUCUCUAUUUGUUACUCAGCCAGCAUUGGAGGGAUUGCAACUCUGACUGGGACAACACCAAAUCUGGUACUGAAAGGACAAGUUGAUGAGCUCUUUCCUGGCAACGGUAACAUCAUCAACUUUGCCUCUUGGUUCUCUUUUGCUUUUCCCACCUCAGUCGUGUUGCUGGUUUUGGCCUGGAUUUGGCUGCAGAUAUUGUACUUGGGCUUUAAUUUUCAGAAGAAUUUUGGUUGUGAUAGAAGUCCUUCUGCAAAGGCUAAGGAGCAACAAGCCUAUGCGAUUAUCAAGGAGGAGAACAAGAAACUGGGCUCAAUGAAGUUUGCAGAGAUAGCAGUUUUGGUCCUCUUCAUACUGCUGGUACUGCUCUGGUUUACCAGAGACCCUGGGUUCAUACCAGGUUGGGCAACUGUUCUCUUCAACAAAAAUAACACAAGCUUUGUCACUGAUGCUACAGUUGCCAUCUUCAUUUCAGUUUUGUUGUUCAUCAUCCCUUCUGAAAUUGCUACCAGCACUAAAGACAAACAACAAGCAGGCAGCAAGCCAAAGGUCCUACCACCCCCAGCUCUCUUGGACUGGGCAUCAGUUCACCAGAAAAUGCCAUGGAACAUUGUAUUUCUGCUGGGAGGUGGUUUUGCCUUAGCCAAAGGCAGUGAGGAAUCUGGUCUGUCUGCAUGGUUAGGCACAAAAUUGACUCCUCUGCAGGAAAUCCCUCAUCCAGCUAUUGCUCUCCUGUUGUGCCUCCUUAUUGCUACUUUCACUGAGUGCACCAGCAAUGUGGCCACUACUACUCUCUUUCUCCCUAUUCUGGCUUCAAUGGCUCAAAAGAUCUGCCUCAAUCCACUCUAUGUCAUGCUGCCCUGUACAAUUUCUGCAUCACUGGCGUUCAUGCUCCCAGUGGCCACUCCCCCUAACGCCAUCGUCUUCUCAUAUGGACAUCUCAAGGUUAUAGAUAUGGCCAAAGCUGGAUUUGUACUCAACCUCCUGGGAGUCCUGACAAUAACUCUAGCCAUCAACACCUGGUCUUCAUCCUUGUUCAAACUGCACACCUUCCCAUCCUGGGCAAACGGGACAGGCUCAUGCUAG